GAUGAUGGUUCAUCGAAGAUUGUAUAUCGCUUGGAGGGCCAAGGAGUUGGUGAAUUCUUUCGUGUGGAUCGGCACACUGGUAACAUACAGGCAAUUCGUGCUCUGGAUCGAGAUCCGCCAGCUGGAGUGCCAGUUUGGAAGUUCAUCGUACAAGCAAUCGACGAUGAUGGGCGUGGAUUAAUCGGUUAUGCGGAUGUCCAGGUAAAUUUACGCGAUGUCAAUGAUAACGCUCCUAUUUUUGCAAGCAACCUCUUCGGUACCAUUGAUGAAAAUCGCGAUCCUGGAAAAGAUGGAGUAUAUGUAAUGACAGUAACAGCUACGGAUUAUGAUGAUCCACGAACUGAAAAUGCUCGACUGGAAUACGGCAUUGUGGUGAACAAGGAAAUCGAUGGGGAACCA